GCCAUAAACUGUGCCAUUGUCAGUAUUUUAACUGUCAACCAAAAGUGACACAUGCCUCUGCAGGAUCCCGCCCAGCUGAGGUCUGAUUGGUCGUUUUCCGACGUCGUUGCUCUUCAUUGGCUCAUGCCGUGCCACUCAGCAUCUCACCACUGCUGUGACUCUGUGCUGCUCAAAAAGAAAUCAUAUUUUUUGUAGAGCGGAUCAGCGGGGAGCAGCUCGUCUUUGGCCGGCGGGGUUGCUUAUUUGCGGGGGUGUUUUUAGUUUGUCUUGGCUGCCAGGGGGUGCUUAUGGAUCUUUAUUGCGUAAAGAAGAGGCAGUGAGUCAGUAUUUGCUGCAGAAUGGUACUACGAAAAAGACUAAAAUGGUGCCUUUGCAGCAGGGGUAUUAAUUUUGCCGGUGCCUUGUAGCCGUAGUGCAAGUUAGCUUAUGAACAGCAGAACGUAGCCGACUAGCUAAUGCUAGGCCUUUCGUUUCCUUUGGCUUGUCAGGACAGUUUAUUGUUUUAUCCCUCCCUCUUUAAAGCUGGGCUUUUGCUCUUUAUUUUGCUGGCUGUGGUCCAUUUUUCGUUGCUUCCCGCGGUUAAAAAAGACACCGGAAUGAAGCGUGUGAACAGCUUUCAGAGGUUCAUGAACAGACGGGCCUCUGCAAACUGCCGCUACCAGCCUACCUGCUAUGAGCAUGCUGCAAACUUUUACACCCAUGCACUCCUCAUUGUGCCAGCAUUCGUGGGGAUGACGCUGCUGCACUGUCUGUCGGACAACCGCUGGGAGAGGAUCACGGCCUGGGUGUACGGCAUGGGCCUGUGUGCCCUCUUCCUCGUCUCCACUGUGUUUCAUAUCAUCACCUGGAAGAAGAGUCACAUGAGGUCAGUGGAGCACUGCUUUCACAUGUGUGACAGAGUGGUCAUCUAUUUCUUCAUUGCUGCCUCCUACACACCUUGGUUGAACCUGCGUGAACUGGGCCCCCUCGCAGGACACAUGCGCUGGUUUGUGUGGCUCAUGGCUGCUGCUGGAACCAUUUAUGUCUUCAACUACCAUGAAAAGUAUAAACUCGUUGAGCUGGCCUUCUAUUUGACGAUGGGAUUUUUUCCCGCAUCUGUGGUGACAUCAAUGAGCAACACAGACGGUCUUCAGGAGCUGGCCUGUGGAGGACUCAUCUACUGCCUCGGUGUCUUCUUCUUCAAGAGCGAUGGCGUCAUCCCAUUCGCCCACGCCAUCUGGCACAUGUUCGUGGCGCUGGCGGCGGCAGUGCACUACUACGCCAUCUGGAAGUACCUCUACAACGCUCCCAGCUCAGACACCCUCCUCGACUCGUGACCGCGACCCCGGACAGGGCGCUUCCCGUCCCGCCACCCUCGUGCUCUCGAGCCGAGCGCGGGGCGACUCCCUCGACUGCCCUCUGAAGCUGCAACGACAGCCGUAAGGUUUACGAAAACAAUGACCGUGAAUUGUUUACUGUUUUCUAACAAGGAAAACAGAUUUUUAAGCCAAUGAACAAAAGCUACUUUAUAGCUGUUUUGUAAAAAUAAAAAAAAUCCUUUGACAGUGAGGAAGGGAAUUUUGAACUUUUACACUUGCUGUUGACCUUGGCACAUUCAUAAGUAUUUGAAAGAGUAUUUGAGAAAUUUGAUAGCCGUCUUUUGUAUCACUUGAAGUCAGUCACAUUCCACUUUGGGGGUUACUUGAGUGUCAAAACUCGGAGAUUGAUCAGUUUCAGUGUUUUGAACAUGAGGGAGGAUAUCGAAUGAGGUGCUAAAUAUCCGCUCUGAUCAGUAGCUCUUAUAUGAUGUUAUAUCAGACGUUAGUGUUAAUGUAGGAGCUGAAUUUAACUUUUAUUUAACAGAAGCCAAAGGUCUGUAAUGUUGUCUAAACUGAAGCAUUUCUUCAAAUGGAAAACUGAUGUAAACUUGAUCAAACAAGAAGCAAAGUAGUGAUCUAACCACAUGUUCAAUGCCAAACAAGCCGACAUUGAAAACUCUUCUCAGUAGUUACACAUGUACAGUGUGUAGAGCCGCUCAGUGCUUCAGUGUAUUCUGCUGGUAACGUUUUGUGAACACAUGGAGAUGUUUUUUUUUUUUUUUUUUGCUUUCUGUAAAGUUACAGUGAUGUUUUAAAUCCAUCUGAUUCACAUUUGCACUUUUUUUUGGUCUAAUGCACAGCGCUUUGUUUCUGUGACCAGAUGCAGUUUUCAGAGAACCACUGUUUCUUUUCUAAGUAGUUGGCGCCCCCUGCUGGUGGGCAGGCGUAAUGAAAGCGAUUCAUGCUAUUUCAGUUUGACUCAGGCAAGGUGGGAUUUUUGGUAAUGAGCCAAACCAUGAGAGAAAAAUCAGGUGAGGUGGGUAAAAGAGACAGAAUUAUUUUUUCCCACUUUCUCUGUAAUGUGAACAGUGUUUGUAUGCACGACCUUUGUACUGUGGUCCAGUAUUACAUUUGUUUCCACUGACUGCUCAGGUUUGAGCAGCGUUCCCGUCUGCAGUCUUUGGAAUGGUCUGAUCAGUGGGGAAAUCCUCGUGUUCCUGUCUUUGUCUCAUGCUGCUGGUUUUGUAAAUUAGCUUCACGGCUCCUGAUUUGUACAGUUAUAAUCCUGUUGCUUUCCUCUUAGUGAUGUCUGGAGCUGAAUGAUUUUUUUUCUCCAAAUGAUUUCCUUAACCACUGUUUUGUAAUGUUUGUAUAUUCUCUUCUUUGCUCUGUUAAUGACGUGCUCCUGGCCUUUGCAGGGGAAACAAAAUUCUUCUCAUAUCUUCUGUUGGCUGUUAACGGUGCUGCAUAACCAUGAAUGCUUCUCCACCUUUCUGAUGUGAGAAUAAAAAACGAGUAAACCCUACGUCUGCAUCUCUUUCAGGUUUUCUCCUAAAUUCACUUUGCACUGACUGUGCAGCUCUCAUUAGACGCUCAAUACAAAAGAAACUAGAAUCUGCCUUUAUUGAGUUUCUAAGAGGAUUUAGACGAGCACAUCUCAGGCUCUUCAUUUAGACUGCUGCUGGGUUUUUUUUAAUAUCCCUCUACAACAGAUAAAUAUGUAAUUCUGCUUUAAAAAAAGCCCCAGAGUCUGCAUAAUUAUCAGUUAUAUAAUAUUCAGUGCUAAUGUCACAACUUUUACUUCUUUGUGCUACAAAUAUAUUUUUGGUAGUGAGUAUCAAGCCUAAUUUAUACACUUAAGCGUAUUAAUUUAAUCUUUUAUGAUCAUAAUUUUAAAAAGAUUCAAAAGCCGUGAAGUCACUAACCCUUCAAAGAAAAGGCCCUGAAGCACGAAUCCAAACAGGAUUCAGUAUUCGGUGUGAUAUUUACAUUACUUUGUGUUUCUUUCAAUAACCAUAGGAUAAUUGUGUUUUUUUUUAGACACAAAGCAUCAUUUCUCUUCACACAAAGCAGGAAAUAUCUCUGAGGUUACCAUCCUGUGAUCCCAAUGGUCCAUCUACUGGGUGAUUUACAUUCCCACCCUCACCUACAGCCACGAGCUGCAGCUAUUGACCCAAGGAAUCAGAUCGUGGCUCGAAGAGGAUGAGUUGAGCCUCCGCCGAUGAGUGUCUGCGACUAUGGGACAAGAAGGCUGGUCGUUCAGGAAGUGCUCAGAGUGGAGUCUCUUUUUUUUGGCCUUUUUCAGCUUUAUUAGAUAAGUGAAGAAACGACAGGAAAACGAGGACAGACAUGUAGCAAAGGGCUGCGGGUCGGACUCGAACCCGGGCCGGCUAUGGCAUGUGGGCACCCCCUCAACGCACCCAGUUAAACCGGCACCCCAUAGUGGAAACUAAACACAUUAAGGAAAAACUGUUGCACUUUACAGAACAUUCUUCAGAUUAAGUAAAUGAAGGAUGUAUAAGCUCACACAGCACGUAUUGAGUGCUUUUGAAGAGAAGAUUGAUGUGCAGUUCAAUUUAAAGACUACUCAUCCAUCAAAAGUAUAUUGUUCUAGUUUUAUUUUAAUAAAUAUUUAACUGAUUGAGUUAAUUAGUUUCUCAGUUUUACUGGAUUUUCAGGGUAGUUACUGGGUCAUCAUGGACCUUCAGGCUAAGGCUUCCUGUUUUGUGUGCCAGUUUUUUUUAAUAAGGAUGCUGACACAAAGAAAAAAAAGCAAAUUCAUUGUCACAGAACUGUUCGCAGCCUGCUCAAAUGUGAUUGGUCAACAAUCACGUCCCUGUCUGAUGCUUUUCAUGUCAGGCACAAAGAAGCUGUAAAAGUCAUCAGAAAACAUGUUUUUAAUAACGAGUCUGACCCAGAGUUCAGUGCCACACGGACUCUUACCAAAUGUCUGCGAUCUUUUGUAAUCGGGCAGAAAAAUACGACAAAGCAGAAAAGCACUGGGAUUUUAUUAGACACUACAAUGUACAGAGACAGAGAGGCUGAGGGCUGAACAGCACAAGUAAAUGUUAUGCAUCCAUUCCAUGACAAGCAAGACCGAGUACUCCUUUAAGCCGCACACUCUGAAACAGUCUUUUGGUGUUGCCAUGAAUACAAUGGUUACAAUUCUGGUGUAAUGUCCAAAAUAAGAAAUGAGAGUUAUUAGUAUAUAUAAUGUGUAGAUAUUUUAAUGCACUAAGAAGCCCUUCAGUGCAGAUCUGAACCUAUCCGAGUGGUGCUGCGAUGAAAACUUUACAUUGCUGAGAGACUGGGAAACAGUCGGUGUAUUCAAGGCACUGGAAUAGACUCAGGAUUAUGGUUAACAUUUCCGGGUGAGGUAGUGAAAUCACUUGACAGUGAGGUCAUUUUGGGAUACACGUGGAUUCAUUAUUGGCUUUUUCCUGUAUUUAUAUAUACACGCACGGCAUACGAUUUCACAGAAAGGUGCUCCAGAGAUUCUGGAGGCAUCGUUCCAGUCUUUACCGCAAACUCUGUUUACGCUCUCCCGUGUGGCUGUGCAGCUAAGAUGAAAAGAACAAAAUGGAAAUUCCCGACUAAAAUUUCAACACGUCGACACAAAGAUAACAAGUCACGGGAUGCCAGUAAGAAAAUAAAAUCAUUUACUCAAAUCAAAGUUCUGUUUACCAAUUAUAGAGAUUUACUUAUUUUCAAAAUGCAAAUAGAUAAAUUAGACUUUAACCUUUUUUUUAUGUCAACUAAAAUGUGAGUUGUGUUAAAAACGCAGGACUGUAACAUUAUUCAUGUGGAAAAUGCCAUACAUGCUGGAUUACAUGAAUAAUUCCAUAUUUGGGAAUAUCAUCUCCAAUACUCCAGCACAUAAAAUCACAAACGGAGUUUAUUACAUGUAGAAAAACAAGGAUAAGGACGAAAAAUGUGGUGGGUGGUGAUUUUGUUACCAGGUGAUCCAUUGCAGAAAAAAAUCUGCAAAGGGGGGGACAAAAUCAGGUGUUAACCAAUUCCAUAAAUAAUUUCAUUUUAAUGCUGGCACAUCUGAACUUCCAUACAAAUGAGCUGAAGCUUCAGCAUUGGACUGAAUGCUAGGAAAUUUCUACACUACAACAACGUUGUAGAUCUUCACUGUCAGCCUUUGUUUAAAGAAGAAGAAGAAAAAAAAGCUUCUCAGUGUCCAUCACUCAGGUUCGGGACACGCUACAAAGUGCAUUGGCCAAAGGAACCAAUCACACGGAGCAGCAAGAGUAACCAGCGACAGAUUUCCCUUCCUUCAUAGUAACUUCAUCCCAUCGAAGAAGAAAACCAACGAGCUGUGUGAAGCGUUUCAUUAUGUAGCAGGAAAUUCAAUUAAAAGCUUGCUCACGGGCAGCUUCGGAUCCCCGGGGAAGCUGUGACGCUAACCGCGGUGAACGCGUGCGGGCCCAAAUCUCUCUUCUGAACCGCAUUUGCACCGUCUGCUUCUUUUGAGUUACAUGAGAUUAAUAUGGGAGCCUAAACGUGGCACCUACACAAGCCAGAAUGUCAUAAUAAUAACGAUACUAAUAAUGCCCGGGAGCUUUUUGGGUGCCGCUGGAUGUCCACAAAUCUCUGUAAAUCUACCACAUCCUACCUGUUACAGAAUAUCAAAAUACCACUAUAUGCAUUUGUCUUUGAGUUAUACAUUUGUAUUCUUUAAUUAUUUUCUGGAUCUGUUGUGCCUUUAAAAUACAUAGUUCAGUAAUGUAUAGGAAAAAUACUGUACAAAAAGAACAACUUAUAGAAUAGGUCUAUAUAAACAUAUCUCUUGUAACCAAUAUAUCAUCUCUGUUGUGAAUCGUUUGGUCUGCAGUAAACAAAUUGAUUGGGUUAACCACAGUAUUGGACAACACCAUCCAACUCUUUUUGUCAACACCUUUUACAUUCAUACAGCCAUCUUUAAAAGAAGGCAAACAUAGAGCUAUGAGGAGAGACUACAGACAUCUGGAUUGAUUUCUAAAGUAAAAACACUCAUAUUAAUCAUGCUAAGUUGAACAGAAGCAAAAAGAAUUAUCAACAACUUUGCAAAAACAAAACAAAAAAAGGGAAAAAAAAAAGGAGAAAAUAACUGCAAAGAGCUUUUCAUUCUGUCAAAGAAAUCAUGCUUAAAUCUGAAAAACAAGGAGGCUAAACAACAUCAAUGUCAAGAGUAGUAUUAAUACUAACAAUUAUAUCAACAGAAAUAUAUAUAUGUGUAUAUAUAUAUAUUUUUUCUCAAAACAACAAUCUUCCAUCUGAGAAAUAAAAGGUAGAUAAAUAUGAGUUAGAGGAAAUUGAGCGAGUGGAAACAUUGCACUGGAUCAGAUUGUGAGACACGCAUUAGUGCAGAUGUCAACUAACGUUAGCUUAGUUAACGGAGGUGAGCUAGGGUGCGAUGUGGAGAGAAGGCGGAGCUGAGAGAUGCUUGUGUCGGUGUCGGGUUAGCGGUGGACAGGAAUUAUUGCUCAGUGUCCGAGAGAGAUGAAGAAAAGAAAAAUGGGCAUGACUGCAGAGGAAGAGACAUGUUUUCUUUACGGGGGGGGGGGGGGUUACCCAACUAAAAUACAA